AUGGCUGCAUGCAUAUCAUCGUUAGGUCAUGAUCAUCAAUAUUCUUCCAAUAAGUUGGAUGAAAUUUUCAAUCUGCCGCGCUACAAGAGGUAUUUCGAUUUCUCUUCGUAUGAAAUUAAUGAUCCAUUCGAAAAUAAUGUUCAUAGCAACAACAAGAGACUUAAAUUAGAUCAUGAUGCUGAUCAUCAAUAUAAUUCAUUCAAGAAACUACUCGAUUUUAGUAGCAACAAAUUAACGUGCCUAAAAAUGGUGACUGGAUCUUUAUAUUUGCCUAAAGACAACCCAAAGAAUCCUCUAGGUGAAGAUGCACACUUCAUACAUGAAUUAUACCAAACUAUUGGUAUCGCUGAUGGCGUUGGUGGUUGGGCUCAAAAGGGAAUUGAUGCUGGAAUGUACGCGAGAGAGCUUAUGAAAAAUUCACUUAUCACUAUUGAUAAUGAACUAAAAGGUCACGUGAACCCUAAAAGGGUUCUUCAAGAAGCUUAUAAAAAAACAAAUUCAGAAGGAUCGUCUACAGCUUGUAUUAUAACUCUUAACUCACAGAAAAAUACUAUAGAUGCUGUUAAUGUUGGCGAUAGUGGAUUUUUCCUAAUUAGAAAGGGUAAAAUUAUAUACAAGUCGUUGAUACAACAACGGAGAUUUGGGUGUCCGUAUCAAUUGGGAAAUUGCAAUGCCGAUAAUCCUAGCGUUGCUCAGGAGAUGAAACUAAAUGUCGAGAAAGAUGAUAUUUUGAUGGUUGGAACAGACGGAAUGUUUGAUAAUAUAUAUGAAAGUGAGAUUGAGAAAAUUGUUCGAAGAGCGAUCCACGAAAAGUUGAAGGCAGAGGAGUUGGCUAGUCAAAUUGGAAACGUUGCAUUGUAUAACUCAUUUGAUAGAUUUGCAGAUACACCAUAUGCAAGAACAUCUCAGGGAAGACAUAAAGGAGGAAAAAUUGAUGAUAUUACUGUUAUUGUUGCCUAUAUAAAAUAA